CUGUCCCCGGCCACCUGUUGCUGUCCAUCACGGCCACCGUCCUGCGUGCUACCGCGUUUGGGGCCCAGCUCGGAGACUGCAGGUCUCCAUGACGACCCGAGGCUUGGAGGAUCUGGAUGGGGGCCUGGGCAGCUGCCUCCCCAGCGAUGAGUUCCCGUUACUGGAGGAACCACGCUCCGGCCGGCGUCCAGACGGCAAGGCCCGAGGGGCAUCCAGGCCGGCUGACUCGAGUAGCUGGACACAUGUCCUCCAGGCCCCAGGGACUGCAGGCGCUGCGGAAAAGGAGCUCGAGGCCAGGGAGGCUCCGGGAACCAGCAAAGGGACGCCGAAAGCUGGGACAAGUCCCCGGAGCGUUCCCGCGCGCAGGAAGUUGCAGGCUGCGCCUCCCCUGAAGCCGCCGCCGCCGCCCCCGCCGCCGGCCAGCGACGAGCUGCCCUGGGGGGACCUGACGCUCAACAAGUGCCUGGUGCUGGCCUCGCUGGUGGCGCUGCUGGGCUCGGCCCUCCAGCUGUGCCAGGACGCGGUGGCCGGGGAAGUGGUGGCUGCCCCUCCGCGGCGGGUCCCGCCCAGUCCUCCACCCCAGAAGCCGGAGGCGCCCGCGCCUGAGCCCCAGCUCUCGGGGCCUCCACCCGGGCCUCCUGAGCCCGAGCCCGGGCCCCCCGAGCCCCCCGGGCCCCCCGGGCCCCAGGCACAGAAGCAGGACCCGUCUGAGGCCGCAGAAGCCCAGGGUGAGCCUGGGGGGUCCGCCCCGGAGGCCUCUGGGGAGGAGCGCGCACCCCUAGGAGACCGAGGGUCCCAGGAGAGGCCGCGGAAGGAGAAGCCGAGGACAGGAGAGAAGCCGAAGAAGGAGAAGCCGAGGAGGGAGAAGCCCGCGAGGGAGGAGAGGCGGCGGGCCCCCAGGGAGCCCGGCCCGUUCCUGUCCCGGCGCCGGGAGGCGCGCGGAGGAGGCCGGCGGCCGUGGACGCGGGACUCCAGGGAACUCGAGCACGGGAAGCGGCCGGCCUGGGCUCCCCGGCGACGCCGUGACGGUGACAGCCGGCCCAGGCAGAGGCCCCGUGCGGGGACGGGGCGCGACUGACCCCGCCCGUGUCCCGCGUCCCCUCUCCCUGCAGCGCCCGCAAAUAAAGCUCGUGCCGCAGCA